AUUUGUUUCACUCGGAAGUUUUCGAGAGUUUUCGUAGAAAAUUUUGGCGCGUUAUUUAGGCGGGGAAAUUAAAGAAGACAGUUAUAGUUAUGGAAGUAGAACAGAAACAGAUGAAUGGACAUGGCGACAAUUUGGUUAAAACAGGAGAAAUAAAACAGAACGGGUGUAAUGGACACACAAACGGUACAACCAGAAGACAUGAUGAAUACCACUACUUAGAUGCCAUACAAGAAGUAAUGGACCAUGGUGUUAGGAAGAGUAACAGAACUGGUAUAGACACGUUAUCCAUUUUUGGAAUGCAGAUGAGAUACAGUUUACGAGAUCAAUUUCCCCUCCUGACAACGAAGCGAGUGUUUUGGAGAGGAGUUGCUGAAGAAUUACUGUGGUUUGUGGCAGGUUGUACCAGUGGAAAGAAGCUGAGUGAUAAAAAUGUUAAGAUAUGGGAUGCUAAUGGUUCCCGAGAUUUCCUGGAUGGGUUAGGUCUUACUCACAGAGAAGAAGGUGAUUUGGGCCCAGUAUAUGGAUUUCAAUGGAGACAUUUUGGUGCUGAGUACAAAGAUAUGCAUGCAGACUAUACUGGACAGGGCGUCGACCAAUUGGCAGACGUCAUCAACAAGAUCAAAACAAAUCCUGACGACAGACGAAUUAUUAUGUCAGCAUGGAACCCUGUUGAUCUGAAGAAGAUGGCAUUGCCACCUUGCCAUGCUUUUGUACAAUUCUAUGUUGCUAAUGGUGAACUAUCAUGUCAGUUAUACCAAAGAUCUGGUGACAUGGGUUUAGGGGUGCCAUUCAAUAUUGCCAGUUACUCACUACUAGUAUACAUGAUUGCUAUGGUAACAAAUCUAAAGCCAGGAGAUUUUGUACAUACCAUUGGAGAUGCCCACAUUUACGUUAAUCAUAUGGAUCCUUUAAAGGAACAGCUGAAACGAGUGCCAAGAGAAUUUCCAAAACUUGUCAUCAAAAGAGAAGUAACCGACAUUGAUGAUUUUAAAUUUGAAGAUUUUGAAAUUAUUGGUUAUAAUCCUCAUCCAAAGAUUGCUAUGGAGAUGGCUGUGUGAUUUCUGGGGUUGUCAUGGAGACAGUGUUGUUAUUGUUUAUAAGUUGCCAUUGGAAUGGCAGUGCAUUCAAUUGAUCAGUGGAAUCAAGAAUGAUUUGGAAGGUCCUGUGUUUGAUAACAUUGAAAAGUGCUGAAAUCUUUUAUGUAUAGCUCAAAACAUUAAAUUAAGUAUGACAUUAUAUUAAUGUUAGGAAG